AUGGCAACAUCUACGAGCGUUAGAACUGAUAUUAAGAUCGCAAAUCGCUUGCCAAGCGUGGUGGAGACCACUCAUUAUUCAACUGAAAAUAUUCCAUUCCCUGCUAUUGCCAUUUGCGACACUGAAAAAGUCUACGGCCCCAAUACAAAGAACAUCACAAAGUUAUUAGCACUGGGUGGAGAAAAUAUAAAUUACGCAGCUGGUUCAGAUAUUACUGAAGCGUUGGAUAUAGUUGUGAACACUGGGAAAUUUGAUGACAAUGGUAUAAAUACUGACGGUUAUGUUUUGAUGUAUAUAUUCGAUGAAAAGAAUAACAUAACACUCAUAGACAGUCCUAUAACGGUGACAACUGCAACAUAUUUUGAUGUAACAAUUGACAUUUGGGUAAUGGAUUCAUCAACAGAUGUUGAAGCUCUAUCUUUACACAAUAGAAGAUGCUUUUUCAAAACUGUAAGUAAAUAA